UGAAGGAUUUCCAAAAGUCAUUCCAACUGGACUUUCUGUAAGAGAUUUUGGCAGAGAAGAGCAGUUUGGGAUCGGAUCCAGGAGGGUAAAGCACUCUGACCUGGAAGGCACGUAUUUCUGGAAAGAGAAGGAGAAAAGUAAAGGAGAGAAAUGGAGAACACGCGUGGUAUCUUAUUUCAAAAAAUGUGUUAUCGGAUGGAUUAGGACUGAAAGAACAGAAUAGACCUGAAGCUUUUCCUUUAAUAUUUUCGAUUUAUCUCUGGAUAUGGACUGCCGGCUCUAAUAAAUUGUUUAAUUGACAUUUGCAGCCCAAAAACUUGGACUUGGAAUUGAAACGAAAAUAGGGUUAACCCUGCACUGCAGCUUCUCUAACAUCACCUCUGGUUUGAUUAAUCGACUAAUCAACAUUGAAACGACACCAACCUGUAAAGUGGGAGUCUAUUAAUCGAUUUUCUCAUCAUUAAGGUCGAUCUUUUUGCCAAUCUUGAUCCCCAAACCAAGAAUAACCCUUUAAUAAAACGUAUAAUAAAGUCAAAACAAAUAUGAUAUCCCUACAUGAAUUGCAUCGUAAAAUUACAACAUUACGUACUCACACUCUGCCGUAAAGCCCCUGUAAGAAUACAAGGGCAAAAGUACCAUAAAGUACUACAAUAAUGAGCAUAAACCCAACUGUCUCCAUUUGAAAUCAUUAUAAUCAUUUAAUAAGGAUUAUUAUAGCGCAAGUGCUUCGCGGGAUUCCGGUUUGGAGAUUGGAAGUUAUUUUUGGCUGCGCAAAGUAGAGCGGCUCUUCCACACCAGUGCCCGGACAGAGACAAGCUGAACGCAGAGGUCUACCUACUGUCGUACACUCCGACCCGAGACAGAUACAAGAGAGGAGAAAAGAUGCGUAGCUGCGGUUAAUUGGAACGGACUUGGAGCAGAGAGGGAUUCUAUUCUUUCUGCAAGAAGCGAGACUUUCCUCUUGCAGGCUGUAAAUCUUUUUUUUUUUGGCAGAGAGAAUGACAAACGACCUCUAUCAUUUUAUAUAAAAGACACUCGAGGAGAGAGCCAGAGGUGGGAUUAUUUCAGCAACGUCUGGUCAAGAUUCUGCUGCUUGGAUUCAGGAUUAGUUACUCCAAAAACGCCAGGUACCAGGGGAGAUGACUUCUUUAUCCCUCCUCUUCCUCCUCCUCCUCCUCGCCUUGGGAGCCUGUGACGACGUCAAGUACAUCUCUAAGAGGAACUCAGUGGAUGGAUGCAUAGACUGGUCGGUGGAUCUGAAGCAGUACCAUGUUCUGGCCGGGGAACCUCUUCGGUUGAAAUGUGCCUUGUUCUACAGCUACAUCCGAACCAACUACACCAUGGCCACCAACGCCAAACUGCGCCUCAUCUGGUACAAGAACAAAGGAGAUGCCGAGGAGCCUAUCAUCUUCUCUGGUCAUAGACUGAGUAAAGAAGAUGACUCCAUCUGGUUCAGAUCUGCGGAAAUGGAAGACAAUGGAUUCUACACCUGUGUACUAAGGAACUCGACAUACUGCAUGAAAGUGUCCAUGUCGAUGACUGUGGACGAGAGCGAUGAGGGGAAGUGCUUCAGCAGCAAAAUCCGACACCUGGAGAAAGCAGAAAUAACCCACAGCAAAAUGAUCACCUGUCCUGAUAUAGAGGACUACUUAGCUCCAUACAAGCAGCCACAGAUGACCUGGUAUAAGGAGUGUGAACGGGUUGAAUGGAGAAGCUCCAUCAUUGUUAACACUACACACGUCUGGAUUCCUGAGGUGGAGGAGGGUGACGGGGGAAAUUACACCUGUGAGUUACAGUAUGGAUCCAGACAUGUGCGACGAACGACUCAACUCAAAGUCACAGCUCUUCAGACCACUCAGCCUCCCAAGGUCCUUUUCCCCCCAGAGAGACAAGACACAUCAAUAGAAAUCACACCUGGUAUGCCUCUCAGUCUGGACUGCAAGGCUUUUUUUGGCUACAGCGGAGAAAACAGAAGGCCCAUUAUCUACUGGAUGAAAGGAGAAAAGUUUGUUGAAGAACUAGCGGGACACAUUAAAGAGAGUGAAGUCAUAAUUUUGAGGGAGCACUUAGGGGAGAAGGAGGUGCAGCUCUCCUUAACCUUUGAUGCUGUGGAGGAGGCAGACCUGGCCAACUACACCUGUUAUGUGGAGAACCACAUAGGUAGGCGCAGCGGGAGUGCCAUACUGCAGAAGAAAGACAUGUAUCGUCUGGAGUUGGCUGGUGGUCUGGGGGUCAUACUGUUGCUGUUGGGAGUCCUCACUGCACUUUACAAGUGUUACAACUUGGAGAUCAUGCUCUGCUACAGGAGGCACUUUGGAAGCGAUGAAACUGAAGACGAUAAUAAGGAGUAUGAUGCCUAUCUGUCCUAUACUAAAGUGGACCUGGACUGUUUGGGCAGAGGGAGCAGCGACGAGGAAACAUUUGCUUUGGAGAUCUUGCCGGACGUUUUAGAGAAACAUUAUGGAUUCAAGCUGUUUUUACCAGACAGAGAUCUCAUACCCAGUAGCACCUACAUCGAGGACUUGGCUCGCAGCGUGGAGCAGAGCAGACGUCUGAUCAUCGUUUUGACUCCAGAGUUUGUUGCCAAAAGAGGGUGGAGCAUCUUCCAGAUAGAGACACGCCUCCACUCCAUGCUGGUUACCGGGGAGAUCAAGGUGAUCAUGAUAGAGUGUGCAGACCUGAAGAAUGUCAUCAACUACCAAGAGGUCGAAGCCCUUAAACACACGAUCAAGGUUUUAUCCAUCAUCAAGUGGAGGGGUCCUAAGAGCAAUGAGCUGGCAUCUAAGUUUUGGAAACAGGUGGUCUACGAUAUGCCCGCUAAACGCAGAGAGACGUUGUCCAGACGCCAGGUGAUGGACUCCGGCGAACAGGGUCUCUUUGGCGACCUACAGACAACUGUGUCCACCAUUGCCAUGACAACCACCUCCGCUUCCUUGGCGCCCCAAAAUGAUAGUCGCCACGGACAUCAUCAGGUUGCCUUGGGGACGGAGAUCCCAGACUAUAACCAGAUGACGUUGCCGUUGGGAGGCGGUCACACUGCCACAGCAGCCCAAAUGAGGCACUUCUGCCGCAGCUAUGAGUUCCAGCUUCCCCCACAGCCUCCCUCCAUGUCGCCUCCCCUCCCACCUCACUCCACCGUGCAGUUCUCCACCUUGGGCCCCGGGGGGCGCCACGUCUAUUGCAACAUCCCUAUGACACUGCUGAAUGGACAGGGGUUCAGAGCUGUUCACUGGGGAACAAGAGGGGCCUCAGAGCAGUACGCUUGGGAAGAAACCAGAACUCCACAUGAACAGCACCUUUGUACCUCUCACCAGCAGAGAACUAAGCUCUGACAUUUGGUAGAGAGACUGCUCAACUGGUACUGGAUUACAGACCGGUUUACAGACUGUUUUUACACUGGAUUUGGUAAAGGUUAAGACUGGUUCCUCAUUGGGUGUUUGGACUGUGUACAGCCUUGUUUUUAAGGAGGGACUGCUUGGGGAAUGCCUACAGACUAGUUUUGAGAACCUUUAUCCCACGCCAUGACAAAAGGACUGCCUAAAGACUACAUAAGGUUUGGAUUAACAAUGGUUGGAUAAAAUGGCUGCAGAUUGCUCACAAAUUGAGCGAAUUCAUCCUGUAAAACUGAUUGUUCGCUGGCUCUGGACAACUGAGUACGGACUGAUUCAAACUGGUAUGUAAGCUGCAUAGCCAUGACCAGUGAAAGGAGCGCUACCAUACAACAUGACUGGUUGUACACAUUGGAAAUGUGCAGAGAGUUUCUGGACCUUUCUGGACAUGUGGAUGUACAAAUGGGAAAAGGUCCAGGAUACUCAAACAGUGGUAUCGACAAACAGGAGUGCUCCCACCAUGUUGGACUUUGGAGCACCAAAAAGGAACAUCUCGAAUUGCCAUCUGCUCACGGACCAGUUGUUGAUUAAUCAACUGCUUAACUUCUCGGAGAUGCCGCCCAGUAGAGUUCUCAGUAAAUCGCUCUACCUGUUGACUGGUUGGCAUGUCAGUAUACAAGGCAAAAUUCAAGCAAUGAUUUUGGAAUACCAGUCCACCUUAAAACAACAAGUCAACCUCUUGAAAAGCUAUUCCUGACUAGCUAGCUAGCUAGAUACCUGGUUUGGUUUCCUGGAAGCUAAAAUCGUUGACUUAAAAAUAAAUAGAUUCCAGCAGGAAUAUCAAGAUAAGAAGCUAUGCGUGGAGCACUUGGUGAACUGUAUAACUGAGAAAGCACACCUAGCAGGUGUAUAGGGAAAAAUAGCUAGUUGUCAAGACUAUUUGUCUCAAAGGCUAGUUACUUCUCGAGCUAAAAGCACCAGGAGGCUGCUAAGGAGCCAGCUCACCUUGUAACACAGCAAUCAGCAAGUAGUCAACUCAUCAAGAGGUGAGCUGGCCAAAAGGUAACCUUUAACCACCAAGCUAAAAGCAAAAUGGACUUGGCUUUUUUCUAUUUGCAUGACCACCCAUUUAGAUAAAAAAAAUAAUCAAAUAAAUAUAGAUAAGAGUAAAUGACACAAUCAUUUCUCGCAGCCUCUUUUAAUACGGGGGAGAAUAAACGUCUUUUGUUGAUACAGUAUUGUUUUCUGUCCGGCCAUGAAGUAAAGGUAAAACUGAUAAAGGGAAAAAAAGGAGGUGUCCCUCCAAAAGCACUUUUUUAGUUUUAGGAUAAUAUGCUUUAGAAGGGUGGUGAGCAUUUUAACCAGUCUUUGUUUUUAAAUGUUUGUUACAAUAAUCUCUGUACAGCUUCCAUAACUUAUCCAUAGACAUAUACAGGACGGUGAUUUGUUCCCUCAAGUUUCUGUUAACUCCUACGGUGUGUGAGAGCCAGAGCCUCUUCCAUUCUGUUCCUCUUUUCAUCAGUGGAUGGAUGGAUGGAUGGAUGGAUGGAUGGAUGGAUGGAUGGAUGGAUGAGUGGAUGGAUGAGUGGAUGGUUGGAGGUUAGAUAUAUUGAUGGAUGGAUGAUGAUUGGAUGAAAUGGUGGGUCAAUUGCUGAAUGGGUGGAUGGUUGGAUAGAGAUCUGAUUGGUGAGUGGAUGGAUGGAUGGAUGGAUGGAAGGAAAGAAGUGUGGAUGGAUAGAUAAAGGGUUUUAAUGGAUGGGUGGGCGGUGAGAUGGAUGAAUUGAUAGAUAAAAAGAUCAUUGGAUAAAUGGUGUUUGGAUUGAUUGUUGGUUGGUUGGAUACAUACGGUUUUUGAGUGGAUGGAAGGAUGGAUAAAUAUAUAGAUUGGUGUAGGAUAGAUGGAUGAUUGGAUAGAUUUUUGGUUGGGUGGAUGCGGUGUGGGUGGAUGGAUAGAUUCAGGGUGGAUGCAGUGUGGAUGGAUGGAUGCAGUACCAACAGCCUGAUGUUUUGAUGCUGACACACUGGAAACCAGACACUAGCUGUCAGCCGAAGGGGCUUCACUGCACACAGAGCCGGACUCCAAGCUAAACCACACUCUUCUUUGUGAGCUUUAAGAAACCAAGACUACUACCAUAAUAUUUAAGCAAAGUGAAUAAUGUUUUGAAUUUUCACAAAAGGUACUGUCAUUGUCUUAUUAGAACCAAUGAAUUCUGGAUAUUUGAGAUUGUUUGAUACAAUUAUUAACUAUUUGAGUUGUUAUAUUCGAUGGCAAUAUACAGUAUAGUGGUUGUCUUUUGAUUUCUGCUAAUUUCUUUUAAUAUUCUUUGGAUAUAUUUGUUGAAAUAAUUUAACUGAGAGCAAAUAAAAAUGAUAUGAGUUGUUUUAUACAUCUUGGAUGCCUGUCUGAUGAAACUGUUAUUUCUGUUUC